AUGGCCCGCGGCGCGGCGGCCUGCGCGAGCGACACGCGCCUGCUGCUGGGCCGGGACGCGCUGCGGCCGGCGCCCGCGCUGCUGGCCCCCGCCGUGCUGCUGGGCGCCGCGCUCGGCCUGGGCCUCGGCCUCUGGCUCGGCUGCCGCGAGGGCCGCCCGCGCCCGCGCCGCCAGAAAGACGACUCUCAAAGCCUCCUCAAGAACUUGGAGUCUAGCAUACAGACCCCCUCGGAAACAGGCUCCCCAUUGGCAAGGAGGAAGAGAGAAGGGCAGACGUCAAAGGAUGCGGGGGCCCUGGAGGAGGGUGAGCCGUCUGUCAACAGCAAUGUCACAGCAUUUGCACUGAAGGCAAAAGUCGUCUACCCCAUCAAUCAGAAGUUCCGGCCUCUGGCUGAUGGAUCCUCCAACCCGUCCCUGCAUGAAAAUUUAAAGCAGGCUGUUUUGCCACACCAGCCAGCAGAGGCCUCCCCUUCCAGCAGCCUGGGGAGCCUGAGCCAGGUCGAGAAGGAUGACUGCAGUUCCUCGUCCAGCAUCCACUCGGCCACCAGCGACAACAGGGUUCUCAGCCGUACCUUCCUCCGGGUGAGGACCUUCCCAGAGGUGCUAGCCUGCGAGAGUGCAGACAUUGACCUGUGUAUCUAUAACCUUCACUUAAAAGAUCUGCUGCAUUUGGACACAGCACUGAGACAGGAGAAGCACAUGGUGUUUAUUCAGAUCUUUAAAACGUGCCUUCUUGACCUUCUUCCUAAAAAGAAGUCUGACGAUGAAUUAUACCAGAAAAUUCUUUCAAAACAGGAAAAUGAUUUGGAGGAAUUGGAAAAGGGACUUCAGGUCAAACUGUCAAGCACAGAAAUGCUGGGCGCUGGUGACUCUGCCUACACCACCCUGGCAGACGUGGAGAAGAAGGAGAGAGAAUACUCUGAGCAGCUGAUAGAUAAUAUGGAAGCUUUCUGGAAACAGAUGGAAAGCAUCCAGCACUUUCUUGUGGACCAAUUUAAGUGUUCCAGCUCCAAAGCCCGACAGCUCAUGAUGAUGCUGACGGAAAGAAUGAUUGCAGCUGAAGGGCUAUUGUGUGACUCUCAGGAUCUCCAGGCUCUGGACACCCUGGAGAGAACGAUGGGGCGAAUGCACAUGGCAAAAACAAUCGAGUCCCUGAGGCUGCAGAUCCAGGAGGAGACCAAAUGCCGACUGGCCGCCAUCUCCCGCAGCCUGGAGCUGCCGACCAUCGAGGGGAAGCUGUCCGGGCAGCAGAAGGAGGAGAUGUUGACCCAGCAGCACAAGGCCUUCUGGGAGGAGGCAGAGCACUUCGGCAGGGAGUUUGUCCAGAGAGGCAAAGAGCUGGUGAGGGAGUCUCUAGUUCACCUGGCGGAGGAGAUGGCAAAGCUCUCGCUGGCCCAAGAAGAGGAGCGGAGAAGCUUCCUGGCUGAGGCCCGGCUCACCACCAACUGGGAGGAGUUCCUCAAGGCUUUUCACGAGGUGCUGGAGAGGCAGAGGUUGACAAGGAGCCACCUGGAGGAAGAGGAGGACAUCAGAACCACCGAGGUGGUGGCUGCACUCUGCCAGGAGCUGUACUGCAGUGCCAUGGACACCUUCCAGAAGUUUGUGGACGUCCUGUUCCUUCAGACUCUCCCGGGCGUGACCGGCCUCCCUGGGGCAGAAUGUGAACACUUGAGGCAGGAGGUGCAGGAGAACGCCGCCCGGCAGCUGGGGAAGUCGGACCGCUUCCGGAGACAGCAGUGGAAACUUGUUCAGGAUCUCCUGGAGCAAGACCAGCAGGCAUGGAUGGAAGAGUGGGCGCUGUCCUCUGUGCUGCAGACACACCUGCGGGAAGACCACAAGAGCACUGUCCACGGAGUCUUGGGCCGACUCGGCAGCCUCAGUGAUGAGUCCACACAGUGUAUCCUGCAGGGGCAUGACCUGCUGCUGCGCUCAGCCCUCCGGAGGCUGGCUCUCCGUGGCAGCACCAUCACCACCCUGACCCAGAUGAGGCUGUCUGGGAAGAAGAGCCUCCUCCAGGAGCUGCGUGAGCAGCAUGCGCUGGAGCAGGGCUCCUCCCAGUGCCUGGAUGAGCACCAGUGGCAGCUACUCAAAGCCCUGGAGGCGCGUGUCCUGGAGGAGGCAGGCAGGCUGGAGGAUGAGACGCAGCAGACGCGGCUGCAGCUCCAGCAGCAACUCUUGGCCGAGGCACAGGAGGUUGGGCAGCUCCUGCAGCAGCACACAGAGAGGGCCAUCGGGCAGGCACUGCUGGGGCACACACGGGCUGUGGCCUCCAAGAGCAGAGUCAAGGACAGGGAGGACUUCAAGAGGACACUGAUGGAGGCGGCGGUGGAGAGUGUCUACGUGACCAGCGCUGGCAUCAGCCGCCUCAUGCAGGCGUAUUACCAGCAGAUUGGGAGGGUUGUGCAGGACCACGAGGAGAGAAGACUGCAGCACCUGCAGACCCUGCAGGGUGACAGAAUGGAAAAUUACAAGCUGCGGAAAAAGCAAGCACUGGGCGACCCUUUGUCAGGGACCGGGAUGGCAGGUGGAGGCCAGAAAGCAUCCCAGGCUGUCUACCAGAGGAUGUUGUCACAGCAGAAAAGGUUCCUGGCCCAGUUCACUGUGCACCAGCAGGUCCGCCUGGACGCUUGGAAGCAGAAGGCGAGCGUUAUGGACCAUCUGGAAGCCCAGCUCGAGACACAGCUGCAGGAAGCUGAGCAGAACUUCAUCUCUGAGCUGGCAGCCUUGGCCCGAGUGCCCCUGGCUGAAAGCAAACUGUUCUCCACUAAGCGUGGGCUGCUGGAGAAGCCCCUAAGGACCAAAAGGAAAAAGCCCCCACCCCAGGAGAGAGGGGACCCAGGAGAACCCCGCCAUGAUGACCCAGCCUCUGGCGACCACACCUCAGGAUCCAUCAGCAGCAAAAGGCUGAGUCUGCAAGAAAGUGAAUCUGGCACCGGCGAGAACUCAAAGAAGAUGCUGCAGAAAAGAAGCAAUGUGUAAUGUCAGACUGUCCAGGGGACGGGACCAAAGCCCUGGCUGUGAGCACCGCUCCCCUCCUGCAGCCAUGUGAGAAAUGGUGAGGACGGGAGGACGUGGGUCUUCCCUGUGCCUCACAGGCUUUUCGUGAGAGUGGACGGAGAAAGGACAGAAACCUGCCCUAAAGAGCAUAAAGAAGGGCGGGGGCCCCGCCACCUGCAAAAAUCAGGAGCCAGUGUUGGAAAUAUGUCUUUGUGAGUUUUGCAUCUCAUUUGGCUUCAAGCUCUUCCUUCCUCAGGAGAGUCCCCCCUUCCCUGGCCCCCGAACCCCAACCCCACACCCCCUGUCCUGAUUCUGCCCGAACCUGCCUUCCCUGAGCUGGAAGUUGUCGCAUUGCAGCUGAGGGGCCUCUGCUUGCCAGCCUCUCGUGAGUACUGCCGGAUGGGGAGGGUCUCUGGCAAUGCUGGUGUUUUCUGGAUCUGAAGCCUUUGUCUCUGCUGCCUCCACACCCUGUCCUCUCUCCCCCUUUCACCCUGGCCAUUGGCUGUCACAAUAUUCUCAUGGACUGAUUGCCA